AUGAAUAACACAUCCAAUCUCUCAUCAAGAAGAGGUAAGGGAGGAAUUGCCUUAUUUGUCAAAAAAUCUCUGAUGGAAGAGUGCAGAGAGGUCAAUUGUCCCUCUUCCAGAAUUCUUGCUGUCAAAACAAAACUGCUGGAAUCCAAUGAACGUUUCAUCAUAAUCUGCUGUUACCUUCCCUGCGGGGUGUCUACCUCUGACCAGACUGACUACCACGUUUGUAUCUCCCUGCUCUCGCAGCUUCUAGAAAACUCAAAGGGUUGCUCACCAAUCAUUGCUGGUGACCUCAAUGUUGACAUGAUCCAUCCCAACACCAAGAAGACUCUCUGCAUUCUCAAAGACUUUCUAUUGGAAGAGCAUCUCUGUAGGCUCACUUCCAUUCACUUCACUUCCUCUGAUUUCACUUUCCGCUCAGAUGAUGGGAGACACAUGUCAUGUAUAGACUCAUUUCUUGUCCCUUCAAGAGACAAGCACCUCUUCAUUAAUGUUAGGACUUUGAGAGAUGACCCAACUAACACCUCAGAUCACCUGCUAGUCUCAGCUGAUCGGUCUUAUGAUGUUGCACUCAGCACCAGUACCGCUUCAGCUUCUCAAUCUGAUACCAAAAUCACUUUAAAAAGGCUCAAGGUUAAGUGGCAAAGCAUCAGUCAAGACUACAUCAGGACAUCAUACACAAUCCCCAUGGAAAGGGAUGCAGCCAAGCUCUUUCGUAGCAUCCGUGUCAUGAAUGAUAUCCAUCCUCAAGAUGCUGAAAACCUGCUCCUUUCUCUUGCUGAAUCCAUGAUUUCACACUCAAUGGAACUACCACACUCCUUCCCAUCUGGGGAAAGAAAAGGCAAACCUGAGUGGAAUGUUGCUGUCAACACAGCUUACAAUAUUGCAAAGGAGGCUAGAAAAUCUUGGCUACUAUCUUGCCAAGAUGAUAAAGUCUGUACCAGAAAUGAUCAUAUGGCCGCCAAAAAGUCAUUCAGGAGAAGCCUCCGGCAGUCUAGAGCUCAACUAAGAAAUGACCUCAUCUCUGAAAUCGAGUCUGCGUCCUCUUCUAACAGUAAGUUAUUCUACCACAUCGUGAAGAGAAAUCGUGAUUCAGAAACAAGUCAGACUGGAGUGAGCAAACUUUCUCUCGAUGGUCACACAUAUGAAGGAGAAGACAUGCUCCUUGGCUGGCAGCUAUAUUUCGCGUCCUUGUCAUCCACUAAUAUGACUGAUACCCUACCUGAUGAAUCCAUAUCAAAUGUCUCUGAAGGAUGCAGUACUUAUAUAGACCCCUUCUGCAACUACGGAACAGAUGGCGAAUCUUCUGGCAGUAUUCAUCUUACCUCGGUAGACAUCGAUGAAGCCAUCAAACUUUUGAAAUCGGGUAAAGCGGCAGGCAUAGACAACAUCUCUGCUGAGCAUAUACAGAAUCUCGGGGAUACUGCUUGCCGAUUACUACUUGCUCUGUUCAAUUCCUUCCUACUCCAUGCAUACUGCCCCAAGGCAUUUCAGGAAGGACUCAUACUUCCUCUGCAUAAGGGAAAAGGUAAAGAUCCUCAUGACCCUCGAAAUUACAGAGGUAUAACCCUGACAUCUGUCCUUUGUAAGCUCUUGGAACUGUGCCUUAAGCCCCACAUUGAAAGACAGCUAUUCACCAGUAAUAUCCCAGAUGAAUUGCAAUUUGGGUUCAGAAAAGGGUUCUCCUGUCAGCUAACAUCCCUAUCUCUGGAGCUGGUCAUUGAACUGAAUACUGCACAAAAACGGCCAACAUAUCUUGCUCUUCUCGAUGCCGAAAAGGCCUUCGACACUGUUUGGCACAGAGGUCUUUUCUAUAAGCUGAGGUCAUCAAAGCUAAGCCCAUGCAUCCGGGAUAUGUUAAGCUCUAUGUACAAUGGAUUAGAAAGCAAGGUCUUCUGGAAGGGCCAAGCCAGUAAGCUGAUACCUGUUACCCAAGGGGUGAGGCAAGGUGGGGUGUUAUCUCCAACAUUGUACACUACAUAUGUUGAUGGUCUGAUAAAAAAACUCCGUGAAAAGAAUCUUGGCUGCACAAUAUAUGGUCGUUUCUCCGGUCUGGUAGUCCUUGCGGAUGAUAUCGCACUCAUCACCACCUCAUCAACAGAGUUGCAGCAAAUGCUAGAGGUUGCCUUCAAUUAUGCUCAACAAUGGCACUACAGAUUCAACCCUUCCAAAUGUGCAGUGGUUGUAACAAACAAGCUCAAGCAACCUACAAAAUCAUCCUGGGAAGUCGGUGGUUCCUUCAUAGAGGAGAGAGACAAUCACCCACAUCUUGGUGUCAUCAAAUCUGGAACAAGGUAUGAUCCUACAGAUAACAUCAUUGGAAUGGGACUCCGUACCUUCUACGCUCUCUCUGGCACAGGUGCCUAUACAGGUGGACUCAUUCCCACUAUUAUUUCCCAGCUAUGGAAGACCUUUUGUAUCCCUAGGAUGUUGCAAGGCUCCACUGUAUUCAAAUUCACGAAAACUAUGCUGCAGAAGCUCGACAAGACCCAGUCCCACCUCUUUAAACAAAUUCUUGGAGUGCCAAAGUCAGCCGCAGAUGAGAUUGUUUUCCUGCUGACAAACCUCAUGCCAGUUUCCUCACAGAUUGACCUUGACAGGCUACUGCUACUCGGGCAACUCACUGCUCUGGGCCAGAGCCGCUUUGAGUACAGGACAUUUCUUGCAGCUCUCAACGCUGGAACACCCAUCAUACGGGUACUGCAAACCUUAUUGAAGAAAUAUGACCUGCCUGAUCUGCAUAGUCUCAUCUCCAAUCCACCAUCAUAUCCCGUCUGGAAACGCAUGUCUAAAUACAAAGUUCUUCAUGCUACUAUAGAGUAUCCCAAAGGGAGCCCCCUGUCUACACCGGAGAGACAGGACGAUGUCUGGACGGUGUCGUUAGAAAGGACGGGAUCAUGCGGUAACCUGUAA